AUGAUUUAUAGUGGAACUGAGCAAGGUGGAGUUCUUAUCAGUAAUGACAUUCCACAUGUAGAUUCAUCAUUAACUUUAAGUAUAUCAGGUGACGUAGUCCAUUGGUUUGAUCUUCCUCCUUUUUGUUGUCGUUAUCGAAAUAAAAAAUUUCAUAUUCCACUUUCAUCAAUUGAUUUUAUUCGAAUAUUUAAAUGUCUUAAUAUAUUUGAUGAUGAAUAUGAACUUGAUCUUUCAUUUGAUACAUUUAUUUUUAAAAAUGAAUCGAAAAAUUGA